GGACUCUCUCCCCGAGGAACCGCACGGGACGCUGCGCGGCUGGGAGAGAGAACACGCCUUCCCCCAGCGUUUUGGGACAGCUAAACCCAGGAACCAGUUACCCCAGCACGGCCCCCACCUCCCCCACACACACCAGCCCCCGGGAGGAUCAGCACAUGGGACGCCGUCCAAGCCGACGCGGGCCGAACUCCAAGGCUACGGGCUGCUUGGGAAUGAGAGCGCAGGAGUUUCUGGAGAGGGGAGCUGGGCUGGACUCUCACCCGUGCGCAAGUCCCCGUACGGGUGCUCAGGUCUGAUCGGAGGCUGAAAUCUUCGGGAGAAGGUCAGGCACCUGGGACAGUUAGUUCCCAGCUCCCCUCUGGGCAGUGAGCCCAAGCCACCAGCAUCCAGGAGAUACAGGUGGGAGCUGGGAUGGCAAAGCGCCCACCUGAUGUCAGGAUUAGCGGAAGGAGAGGAGCGGGCACAGAAAGCCAGGAGGGCCUGACAUCCAGCCAGCUGACCAUGGGCUCCCAGAGCAUCUGGCACAGUUCCCUGGGGACCGUCCUGCUCUUGGCCUGGCUGAGUGUUGGCUGGGGCAUCGGCAGCACUCAGGGGACAGCCAGCAGGACCCUGGCGUUCGGCCUGGAGCCUCAGCCCCGUCAUCGGCGCCAGCCGGGCCGUGGGGAAUGGGGGCCAUGGGGAGGCUGGAGCGCCUGCUCCAGUACGUGUGGGGACGGCGCCUCCUUUCGCACCAGGAAAUGCAUCCGGUUCCCCGAAGAGAAGCUGUGUGCGGGGGAGCCCCGGCAGUAUCGAGUGUGCAAGCUACACGAGUGUCCUGGCAGCUCGGUGCCCUUCCGGGCCGUGCAGUGCUCUCUGUAUGACGGCAAGCCCAUCCCGGGGAGCCAGGCGAGGUACCAGUGGGUUCCUUUUCAUGGAGCGCCCAACCUCUGUGACCUGAACUGCCUGGCUGUGGGACACAAUUUCUACUACACCUUCGGCCGAGUGCUGGACGGGACCCGCUGCAGCCCGGACUCCCCGGAUCUCUGCAUCAGCGGGCAGUGCUUGACAGCGGGCUGCGACGGGCUCCUGGGGUCCGGCUCUCGGAGUGACGCCUGCGGCCGGUGCGACGGCAGGAACGACUCGUGCCUCUUCGUAAAGAGGGUGUUCCGGGCCGCGCUCCCCUCCUCCGGUUUCUUUGGGUACAAGAACGUGACGAGGAUCCCGGCAGGGGCAAUGCACAUCAAGGUCACCGACCGGAGCCGCAACUACCUAGCACUGAUGAACGGGGAGCAGCAGUACGUGAUCAACGGGGACUGGGCCAUCGACUGGCCGGGCGCGUACGAGGUGGCAGGCACCACGGUGCGCUAUGCCCGGGACCCGGACAAUCACGAGACCCUCGAGGCAGCCGGGCCGACAGAGGAGGAUCUGCACAUCAUGGUCCUGGUCCAGGAGCCGAACCCGGGCAUCGAGUAUGAGUUCUGGCUCCCCAGGGAGCGGCACGGGCACCUCCAGGGCGACUCCAGCCCCCUGCGACAGCCUCAGCCUAGAGACCUCGACCUCAACCCACCCACCGUGCCCCAGCCUGGGCCCUGGACCACGCUGGUGCCCCCCACUCACCUCAGCAUCAAGGACACGACCACGGAGAGGUCCCGGCGUGGACCCACAGACACAGCUCAAACAGGAAGCUGCGGCAGGUGCCAGACGCCCAAGGGAAAGUCCCAGCGCAUCCGCCACUACUGCCAGAGCGACUUUGUGUUCCGGGCCCGGAUCCUGGCCAAGCGGCCGAUCGGGCAGGAGACGCGCUACGACGUGCAGGUGAAGCACACCUACCGCAACCGCUUCCCUCUGGUGCACCGGGAGUACGUGUGGGUCUCCAACGCCUGCAACUGCCCCCAGCUGCUGGAGCGCCGCGAGUACCUGCUCAUGGCCCGGCGGCACGUCAACUACGAGCACACGCUCAACCGCAUCCUGCUGCAGCGCGGCAGCUACGCCCGGCCCUGGUCGCCCCGCGAGGACCAGCUGCUGCGGGACAUCGCUGGGCACUGCGCCCGGGGCAGGCCGGCGUGACCGGAUGGGAGCCCCCUCCCGCAGCAGCAUGGGCGAGCCCAGCCACGAACAGGGCUGGCAGGGAGCGGUUUGGGGGCACCCUGACCCGUUUCCACCCAGCCCCCCCCGUACAUACUUGGGGUGAAGCCACAAAAUGCAGGGUUCCCCUCAGCUCAGCCAGUCUGACCAAUGCUGCCUUCACCUGCCACUCAGCCCUGGGCUGGCUGGCUCCAAGGCAGGGCCCUGAUGCAGUCACGUACCCCUGGCCUAAAGUCACCUCCUUGCUCCGAGUGCAGCCGCACCCCUACCUUGAGUGCCAGCCAUGGGGGCGAGAGCGGCUGCUGAGAUCAGCCUGGGACGGAGGAAGGCAGAGGGUAAUCGGAACGGGGCGAUUUCAGCCUCCAGUCUCUUCCCAAUCCAUUGAGCGGGACCCAGCCAUGCUGCCUAAGGGGUAAAAUGGGACUGUGGCUUCCCAAUAGGGCACAAUGUUCAAGUCCACGCCUGGUGGUUGAGGGGAUGCAGGGCUUUAAAACGGUGCCUCCCAAGAGGUGCGAAUCCAGGCCGUGAGCCUUGCAGCAACCCUUUUACUAGAGGGGGGCCACCCUGCUUGGCCACCUCCCUGCAGCCCUGACACUGCGAAAUCCAGGCGAUGCAGGGUGCAAACGGCGUGAGAACCCAGACAUCCCAUCCACCUCCGCUAGCACGCCGUGCAAACACAGGCACCCGCUAGCCCAUCAUGCAAACCUACACAUGCAAACACACACACACACACAAACUCACUCUUCAGCCCCCACAUGCACGCCAGCACCCACCCAAGUCCCACCCCUCGCACACCCAAACCCGUCUGGAGCGCCGAGCGCCCGAGGCAAAGCGUCUGUGUCUGUCUGUAAUUAACCCCACUCCCCGCCCCCUCUCCCUGGGCUGCUUUUCUCCCUGGGGAGCUGUUCUGAGUCAAGGCUCUGGGAUCAGACACUGCUGGGCUGCGCCUCCCCACCCCCACCUUGCACUGACGCCGGCCAUGUUCCUCCCCCAGCUCUGCCCAGCAGUGAUAACACUUGAGUCCCCGGAAUCCCACCCUCAAGCCCACGGGAGGCGCCCUGGACUCCAUCUGCCCAGUCAGCCCCUUUGCCUGGGCCCACCAGCCCACGCCAGGCGGGAUUCCCAGCUGGGCUUGGUCCUUGUUCCAUCUCCACCCUGCCUGCCCCAUUCCCUGCGCCGGCUUGGAGCCGCACGCUCCCUUCAGCCUAGGGGUGGGCUCCCAAGAGCUGGCAGAGAUGGGCACACUGUGAGAUGGGCACCUAAGGCAGGUGGGACAGCUAGAGAGGGGUGUCCCCCCCCCGGGAGGGUGCUCCUAGGACCAGGGCAGUCGGAGGAGGGUGCAGACACACCAAAACAUGCCAGCAGGUGCAGUGGGGAUGGGCUGUGCAGGACUGGGCAGGGCCUGUGUUGAGAUGGGCCUCUCAGGGGUGGGGGCUCCUGGGACUGGGGGCAGAAGGGGAAGGGGUCGGAGAUGGGCACAGCGGGAGGUGGGCCCUUCCUAAUGCCACCUGAAUGCGCUGCUAACCCAACACAUAGUCCAGACUUGCCCCUCGGUGGCGCUCCCUCCAAGACCCUUCUGCAGUCCCCCGGCCUGCUUCAACUAGGGGCACUGCCCGGCCUCUCGCCCAGGGAGAGUCAAGCCAAUGUGGGGCUCCCCUGCGGCCCCCCCAUCCCUUCUCUGUGUUGUGUUAUUGGGGUAAUUUAUUUUUGCCAAAUAAAAUAUGUCGCCGUGUUUUUAAUUUAA